AUGAGUAGCAAUAUUGCAAAAUCCCUGAAUGGGGUACUGGGCAAGAUUCUGGAACUACCGAUUGUCUCCAUGGUUGAGUCUAUUAGUUCGAAGCUAAUGGAGUGGUUUUGCAUCAGACGCGAGAAGGGAAGAAGACAGUUGGCCUUGGGACAGACAAUAACACCAAAUGUCAACAAGUUAUUGUUGCGUCAUCAGACGUUUUCUGCCGGUUUAGCUGUGAAAGGGGUAUCCGCGUGGAGUUUUCAAUUCCAAAAACUGCAAAUACCCUGUUGCCACGCAUUGGCGGCGGCAAGAAUGAAGCAGAUAGACGUUCAGACGUUGGUUGGAUCAGAGUACGAGGUUAAACUGUUUGCCUAUGCGUAUGCAGAAUUCAUUUACCCUGUGCCUAAUCAAUGUGACGAGGAGGUGCCAGCGGAUGUGGAAGAAACUGAAUUCAUUCCCCUCACGAACAAGAAUGGGCCUGGCCAUAGAAGGAAGCGGAGGAUCCCUUCCACUGGAGAGUUCAUGGUAGAGUAA